CUUGGGUAAUCUACGGUAAAAUAAUAACAUUAAUUAAAAAUGAAAGCUUGUACAGUAGGUAACUCAUAAGAACGCCAUCUAACGAACAAGUUGGAUACCAAUACUCAACACACUCCACGAGACAGCUUGAAUUAUUGUUGUCUCUAGAUGUCGCUACAAACUUUAGUUUAUUUGAUGAAGGCUAGAUGGCGCUACUAUUCUUACUCUAAAAUUACUUCGCACUCUUUUUGAACUAUUUUUUAAGUCUUUGCAAGUGGCAUUCAGUCUAUAUUCGUGUUAGGUGUUAAAGAUGCCCUUUAAAUUGGCAAAAACCUCUAAUGAUACUGAAAAUGCGAAAAGGUCUGAUGAUCUCGGCAGAUACCUCGUGGCUGCUCAUGACUUGACUCCUGGGGACAUAGUUAUUAAUGAGAAGCCAAUUGUAUUCGGACCAAAAGCUACGCUGGACCCAGAAGCUGUCAUGCCAUGCGUCGGAUGUUAUAUUCCAGUAUCUACUGAGGCUGGGGAAAGAUGUCAGAAGUGUGGUUGGCCAGUUUGUUCGGGCAACUGUCCUGGUUUAAAAGAUCCAAGACAUCACGCAGGCGAAUGUGAAAUUCUUAGCCUUCGUCCCGAAUGUGAAUUGAAUAACAUGGCCGAUUACUACAGGCAUGAUGCUCUGCUCCCGUUAAGAUGUGUGAUGCUGCAGAAGACAGACCCUGAAGGCUGGAACAAGUUGAUGGAGAUGCAGUCUCAUAUAGAAUGUCGGAUGCCAGGCACUGAAGCAUAUGAGGAGGCGAACGAGUUCAUCGUCAAAUACCUGAUCAACAACUUUUUCAGUAAACUAGAUAAAAAAUCUGGAAAAUUACAAGAAGUAACUCCAGAAUUGAUUCACAGAAUAUGUGGAAUCAUAGAUACCAAUGCUCUAGAAAUCCGUUUACCACAAGGAACUGAACUCUUUGCUUUGUAUGUUAACACUUGUAUAAUGGAACAUAGUUGCACUCCAAAUACUAAACACACAUUCACUGUCACUUCAAAAGAUAGAAAUGAACUGUAUAAAAUUACUGCCAAAGCUGUUGUUCCUAUCCUAAAAGAUAGUCAUAUAUCGACAAUGUAUAGCCACGCGUUAUGGGGCACUCAGGCUAGAAGGCAACACCUCAAGGAUGCAAAGUACUUUGCCUGUAAAUGUCCAAGAUGUAGUGAUCCGACAGAACUCGGUACAUAUCUGAGUGCUAUGAAAUGUUUGGGAGAUGGAACCAACCUUUGUGGCGGAACCCAUCUACCUGAAGAUCCCUUAGAUGAUGAAACCGAUUGGGCUUGCGAUAAAUGCUCCGUCAAAGUAAAUAACAUUCAAGUAAACAUGCUGAUAUCUCAAAUGGGGGAAGAAGUCGAAGAUGUACUAAUGAUGGGUGCUUCGAUUAAGGUACUAGAAAAUCUCAUCAAUAAACUGUCAAUGUUUCUGCAUCCUAACCAUUACCACAUGUACUCGUUAAAGCACUCUUUAGUUCAGUUGUAUGGGAGAGAGCCAGGGUACACGUCGAUGGAAAUUUUAGACAAGAAAAUAAAAAUGUGUAGAGACCUUGUUGGUAUAACUAAGACCUUAGACCCUGGAAAUGCUAGACUAAGUUUGUAUAACAGUGUUUUACAACAUGAACUACAUACAGCUCUAGUUAUGAAAUCUUUAUUAAUCAAUGAAGAUCCUAAGGAAAAGAAGAUAGAAAUUAUCAAACCUUUGCUAACUGAAGCGAAGCUAGCAAUAGAAGAUGCUUUACAAAGCCUUAAAGAUGAUAUUGACGAGGAUUCUGGAAAGAAACUGUUCUCCGUAAUAGGAAAUAGCAAGGAUAAGUUUGAUCAAUAUUGCAAUCAAAUAGAAAUUGUGAUUUAAAACAUUUAAUUCCUGUUUACAUACUAAUAGGUUAUUAUUAGUUACAUUAAUAUCUUAAAUUGUAAUAUCACAGACCUUUCUUUAAAAUUAGUAACACAUUUUAAAGCUUUCCACCAGUCAUGUGCGAGGAUGCGUAGCAAGAGAUGUGUUUGCAACGAAUCAAUAGAAUUGCUAUAUUCAUUUCGACUCGGCUAGCAUAAGUCUUAUAGAAAAGACUCAGAGGACAUAGAUUUGCGCAUUUGAAACAAGCAAGGCUUUGCGUCGUACUGAAAGGUUUGAUGUCUGUUGCAAAGCAUCCUUAAAGCCCAUAUCAUUCUCCGUUACACAUCCUCUUAUGACACAUUUUCGUUUCACACUUUUGUUGGAAACCCCACACAUUUUGACACCAUAUCUAGACAUCCUCGCAACAUAUCUGGUGUAAAUACAGAAUAAAGUUAUCACACUGUUUUUAAACUACUUUUUUCAUUAUUUUAAAAUCUCUUACGUAAAAUGUUAAUGACAAAACAACAGCUGUACAAAAGUACUGUAAAAAUUCAACACAAAAUUGUUAAUUAUUAUCUAAGUUUGUAAAUAAAGACUAAGGCAUUAA